CUUUUUUUGGGUCGUCCUCGCGACAUACGAAACUCGAGUCAUAAAAUACGCUGAAGUGUACAGAGCCAUGACGCCAAUUUCGAUUUCCCACUGCGUCGCUGGUGCCGCCGCCGACCACAUCUAUCGUCAUGGCGACAAACCAGCAAUCGUUCUCGGACUUCCUUCUCAGCAGCAGUGACUUGGAUGACCUGAACAAUGAGUGCCUGGACCAGCUCACGGCUGACGUCGUCAAUCGUAGCAAAACCAGCGCCGCUGCCGCGAAAGCCGCUGGCUUGAAGCGCAAACCCAGCGCGUCGUUUCAGACCCAGCGGUCGCAAGUGUACGAGUACCUGCCUGGAGAUGACAAUCCUGCCGCAACGACUUCAGCCGACUUCUUCGCCGACUACAAGGACGGCGACAUCACCACGUUUGUCACGUCCAACGGGGAGCAGCACAUUGUGGGUCUCGGCUUAGACCUCGACAGCCUCAAUCCACCAUCUCCGUCAUUUGCAUCGACGGUGGUCCCUGACCCGAUUCCAUACAAGCAAGAACCACAGCUUCAGCCUUCGACGACUCUGUUGCAGACUGCUGGUCCCAUGAGUCGCAUUGAACCGAUCCCAGACCUUAUCCACCUGGCGAUCCCACCGUCCACCGCGCCAACCACAUCGUCGGAAACGUCGCAUCGAGGGCGUCUCGGUCACGCCCACCGCAAUUCUGUGGAACUCACUGGUCUGGCCCAUCAGUUUGGCAGUUCGUUGCACACUACCACAUCCCCAGUCCACCAACGCGCGCCGCACAUGAUGAUGCCAUCAUCCUACGCCCCGUCCUCUCCCGUGAAUCAGCUCCACAUGGGGUUCCCGCCGUCUCCAGUGCACCACAUGCAGGCGAGCAUGAUGCCACCGUCGUCCCCCGCCCGCUCUCCCAGCUCGGCGAACUCAGCGAUGCUCAUGCCAAUGCCAUUGCCCAUCUCGGUGUAUUCCACGGCGCCGAUGCCAUUGUACGGGUUCGAUCAUCCGGCCAUGAUGAUGCCGCACAGCCCCGCGUUGAGCAUGUCGGACCAAUUUGGACAGUUUAACAUGCACAGUCUGUCGCAGCCGAGCUCGCCGAGCAGUCAGAGUCCCCACACCACGUCCACCGACAAGCACGCCGAGGCUGGGCGGGAGAAGCGAGAGUACAAGUGCAGGCAGUGCGGUCAGCCCAAGAGCGGCCACACGUGCACAUCGAUCAAGAGCAUGAUGGACAGCGCCGUGCAGCACGAAUCAACGCCAUCCAACAUGACAGACUGGCGAAUACUGACCGUCAAGUCCAAGUGGGUCGUAGUGUAGCGUACGUGGGCUUUGAGUACACCACCCCUCUCUCGCAACACGGCAUGACUCGAGUUCCGUCCAUUAUUCGUGCGCGUCGUUUGUCGCGGUAGGCGGGAGCUGGCCGAGGUCGCGCCCCCGUGGAUAGAGAC